AUGCUGACUGUCGUCAGUGACGAGGCUCAUAGGACCUCGACCGGUCUUCAACCGACAUAUAGUCACCGACUACAGCCCUUACGUCCCACAUCCGCAUGGCGACAACGCACACCCAUGUUUCUGCAGGCUGAACGAUACCACCACCGUGUGAAGGAUGGCGGAGGUCAUGGCACUCCUGGGAAGCCGGCGAAUGUGGUCAGGCGCUCGCAGAGUCUUGCGGCAUUAGUACAGCCGGUACAGUCGCUGGUCAGAAGUCCCUUCGACACCAUCGGCUCGAUUGCAGGAUCUCUCGGUCAAAGUGCUGGGCUCUUGCAGACUCCGGCCGAGCGGGAGCGCAAUAUUGCCUUGCUACGUCUACAGGGUGCCAAGACCUAUGAAGAAUGGCAUGCAGCGGCCACCACACUGGAUGAGCUAGAAGGUGCAGAAGAGUGGAAGGCCAAAGACGAAUGCGAAGACUAUGAUGUCGAUUUCGUCAAAGAUCGACUGGCCAGCCUUCAGGCCGCUCACCAGCGAGGAGAUGUGGCCGAUCUGCGCUGGCAGUGCCGCACCUCCUUGACACGAAGUUUGGGAGAGUUUGGCAAUGUGGAAUUAUAUAAGCACAGUCGCACAGGCACGAAGCGGCUCAUCGAACAGUAUAUCAGUACAGCCACCACCAGUAUCGAGAGGAUAGUGCUUGAGGCCGGCGAAGAGUAUCAAGGGACAAAGCAAGCAAAGGACCUCUGUCAGGAGAUGAAGCUCAUCCGUCAAGCAUUUGGACGCAGCGCGUUGUUACUGUCGGGAGGUGGCACUUUCGGCAUGAAUCACAUUGGAGUCGUCAAGGCUUUGUGGGAAGCCGAUCUCUUGCCACGCAUCAUAUCUGGCGCUUCCGCGGGUAGCAUUGUCUGCGCCGUUCUGUGUACAAAACGAGACCACGAAAUACCUCAGAUGCUGGAAGACUUCUGCACGGGCGAGCUCGAUGUCUUCGAAUCAGAAGCAGAGAAGAGUAGUCCUCUGAAGAAGCUUCUAAAGUUCGUCACAAAGGGCAUUAUUUACGACAUCGCCAACCUGGAACGUGUCAUGACGAGCCUCGUCGGAAACAUGACUUUUCUGGAUGCCUAUAACAAGACGCAACGCAUAUUGAACAUUUGUGUCUCGACCGCUGACAUGAACGAUGCGGGUAAGAUUCUUAAUUAUGUGACGUCGCCGGACGUCGUGAUAUGGAGUGCUGUCUCUGCCUCAUGCUCCGUACCUGGCAUAUACAACCCUGCAUGUCUCUUCGAGCGGAAAUCUGGGUCCAUCGAUGUCACUAAGCUAGACGACUCUGCUAGCGGGUACAUCGACGGCUCAAUCGACAACGAUCUACCAAUAACUAGGCUGGCGGAGCAGUUCAACGUGAACCAUUUCAUCGUGUCGCAAGUGAAUCCUCAUGUCAUACCCUUCCUCAUUGUGGACGACAACGAUAAGCCUGCAGACACCCAACAUGCUUCGGUCUGCCGACCUGCGCCCAGCUGGUUCAACGGCGUAGCAGGAUAUGCGAAAGGAGAGGCGUUACACAGACUGCAUGCUCUCACUGAACUUGGUGUCAUGCCCAAUACUUUGACUAAAGUCAGGUCGAUAUUGGGUCAGAGAUACUCUGGCGACAUUACUAUCCUACCCGAAAUAUCAUACAUACAGUUCCCAAAUGUCCUGACAAAUCCGUCGCCGGAAUUCAUGCGCCACGCUCUGAUCAAUGGCGAGCGCGCGACAUGGCCGAAGCUUAGUCGCAUACGAAAUCAUCUUGCGGUCGAAAUGAAGCUGGACUGGGCGGUACGAAGGACGAUGGCCGCCUCAGUCUUUAGUCCUGAGCAACUCGAAGCCAGAACAGCCCAAUUCGGCCAGGCUGCCGUCGAUCGUGCCGAUCGAGGACGGCCGCGCCGAAGCAGUAGAAGCAGCCACAACAGUAUUAGGAGCAUGAUCAUAUCGCGACAGAGAUCUAGACGACGAAAACGGGAUAUGCCUGAGGGUCGAGCUGCUGGAAAUUCUGUGCCAACCAUAACCACGAGUGGGGCAGGGCCGAGUACAAUGGACUAUCCGUCAUCUACUGACGAGGCGCUAUCAGCGACUUCCGCGUCGCCGACACCAGUCACGGACAACGACUAUGACAGCAGUGACGAGGACUCCGAAACUUCACUCUCGCCAGGCUCUCCGCAUGAUGGAGAUCAGCCGGCCACCCGGCAACUGUUCCCAUCAAGUUCUCAGCCAGCGACGCCAAGCAUGACAUACAGAUCGUUCCUUCCUGGGUCUCCGACUAGCUCUCAAUCACUCCGCCCUCGGCCCACCAAUCUCACGAUGACCCCUACCCAGGAAUACAAGCAAACCACACCUGAGGCACAGUACGAGCAGGUGAUUCACGGCAACGAAAGCCCAUUGCAAUUGUCAAGAUCGCAAGCUCGACCUUCAUCACCAGCUGCGAGCGAAGACAGCGCAGAACAGCGACCCGAGACGGCGCGGAAAUCUAGGAAGUCUGGCCUGAGGAUCAAUCUAUUCAGCAAUAGGCGAAGUGAGAAUCGAAGCAGCAGUACCGGCAUGAGAGAGUUGCUGCCUCCACCUAAGCGAUGA